GCGGGCAGGGGCGGAGCCAAGAUGGCGGCGGGGUGGCUGUGGCGGCGGUUCUGUCAGGGAUCAGCUUUUCCUGUCAGUUACGCAAGCAGAAUUAUGCAAAAGCAGUAUUUUCUUCCGAGCUCCACCUUGACGGGAGCACGGCUGGUUGGAUCCCAUGGUGAUACACGGGAGCCUAAGACUAAUCCUUUGGUCUCUCUUUCAGAUGAGCCAGAAACACUGUACAAGAGAUUGUCCAUUUUAGUUAAAGGCCACGAUAAAGCUGUGUUGGACAGCUAUGAAUAUUUUGCAGUGCUUGCAGCUAAAGAACUUGGCAUCUCUGUUGAAAAAGUAGAUAAACCCCCAAAGACGAUAGAGCGAUUUACACUUCUAAAAUCUGUACACAUUUACAAGAAGCACAGAGUUCAGUAUGAAAUGAGAACACAUUACAUGUGUUUAGAGUUGAAGUACCUAACAAGCAGUACUGCUGCAGUUUACUUGGAGUACGUGCAACGAAACUUACCUGAAGGGGUUGCCAUGGAAGUGAAAAAGAUUAAGAUAGAGAAAAUACCAGAACACAUUCAGAAACCUGUUUGGGAUACAUUACCUCAAGCAGAAGAAACUGAAGUAAAGUCAUGAACACACCGUGUACUUGGCUCCAUUAGUACUGAAAUUCAUUGCUCCUAUCAACCUCAUUUGCUGAGACAGUCCAUUGUUAAAUAAAGGUUCUCUUAUAAAGAAAUUA